AUGCGGAGCUUUCAGCUUGUGGCCUGGGUCAUGAGCCUUGCCCUCCCCCUUGCAAAGGCCAACGUUUACAAAAUGUGCAAAGACGACCACUGCGAUGACUGCCUGGUUGGCAUCACCAAUGCCGGCACGGGGUACCCCGACCGUGUCACAUAUUACUCGGAAACGGUCUUCUACAACUCAGACUUCCCAGGCUCAGAGGGAGGAGGUUGGAGACCUUACAUCGAGAUCCCCGAGCUUGACGAGACCUGCCAGCUCAUCAUCAGAUCCCCAGCCCACACCGACAUGCCGGGAUGCGGAUACCCGAUCGCCAGUUUUUCCAGUCCUGUGUGCGCCGUUGUGAACCUCGAGAAGACAUUCAUGGUCCAGUUUUGCUGCGGCCUCGGCGACUGCUCUUCCGCCGGGGCUUCGAAGCUGCGUCGGUCAGCUAAAUUCGGCGGCACAUAUGGCUGGAACGAGCGCCUUAACACCGCAGCAGCCAGCGGUGGCAUGUACAGCAUUGUGCUGCGAGACGCCAACGGCACCGAAAUCAAGCCGGCUCAGGCUGGGCCACCCCCGGACAGCCUUUCCACGCACCGCUCAGCUCCUCCCCAGAUCGACACUGCCCUUGCCGUUGUGUCCACGAGGCACCUCCAUCCCAGGAGCAGCUGCAGCGAAAACUCAUGGACGGCCGAUGACGGCUACUCCGAGUACACCCGCCCUGCCAACAACACGCAGAUCGUCAAGAUCUCGGUUGCCGGCCCGGCGGACCAGCAGAUCUCGACCACCCGGUCGCAGUCGUUCACCACCACCAUGAACCUGGGCUUCGCAGAUGUGCUCUUCUCUAGAUUUCUCGUUCGUGAUAGCCUGAGAGCCUCGGAGACUAUCGAGUCGUCCACGGUUCAUGUUUCUUUACCCGGGGCGACGCGCGGCGCGCUCACCGCGUUAUAUUUGCCCGAGAAGAUAAGCACACGCAGCAAGAAGUGGUUUAUUUUUUUUGAGGAUAGAAACUGUGAGCUAACUGUGAUGAACGUCUCGGGGUAG